AUGGCGGCCCUGCUACCUCAGAGCGCUGGAUAUGCCACUAUCUUGGUGGGCGGCGCUUUUUUCGCUGCCCUGAUGAAUGCGUUCACAUGGGUCCAAAGGCGAUACACAAAUUUUGACCCGGGAAAGAUUGAGGAGUUCUCUUCAGCUUCGAGGUCUGUCAAGACCGGCAUGCUGUCGGUAGGUAUCACAUCUGCCUGGGUGUGGGCGGCGGUCUUCCUGCAAACCGGAACACUCACAUAUCUCUAUGGCGUUUCUAUACCCUGGUGGUUCGGUAUUGGAGGUUUCGUUGAGAUUGCGGCAUUUUCCUUCAUCUCUUCGAAAGUCAAGGUCAAUGCUGGUGGAGCUUCAACAUAUCUCCAGGUCGCCAAGGUACGCUUUGGUGUACUAGGCCACUGGGCAUACAUGUUCGCCGCCCUCGUCGCGAAUUUCGUAGUGGGAUGCGAAAUCCUCAUCGGCGGCGCCGGCGUGAUUACCGGAAUGACUGGAAUUAGCGAAUAUGCAGCAAUUUGGCUUUUACCGCUCGUUAUCGUUGCCUACGUCCUGACCGGUGGUCUUCGUGCCACUUUUAUAGCCGACUAUCUUCAUUGUUGUAUUCUCUAUUCGUGCCUUCUCGUCCUCAUUUUGGCAACCUACACUCGAGGCGAUGCUAUUGGCUCUCCAGGGAAGCUGUAUGACCUUCUACUCGAUGCGUCCAAGGCGGUUCCCGUGGCUGGAAACGGGCAUGAGUCUUAUCUCUCAUUUCGGAGUGAUGGUGGUAUGUACUAUGCGCUAACAGCUACUACCUCCUUUUUCGGCUUGUCGUUUUGUGACCAGUCAUACUGGCAACGAAGCAUUGCCGCCCGACCAGCGGGCACGAGCAAGGCCUUUAUUUUCGCUGGCUGUUUCUUUCUUUCGGUCGGUUUGGGAAUUGGGUCUUCGAUGGGGUUGUCCGCAAGGGCUCUGGUGUCGAAUCCCGCCUUUCCAGGCUAUCCCGAUGGGCUUUCCUUGACAGAGCUCAACGCAGGACUUGCUGGGCCGUACGCGAGUACAGUGAUCCUAGGAAAGGCGGGUCCAGCGAUGUACACCAUCAUCGCAUUUAUGGCAACUACUUCGGCGUUGUCUGCUCAGCUUGUGGCUGUCGCAACCAUUUUCUCUUAUGACAUCUACCGUGAAUAUAUUAGUCCAACAGCUACUAACUCCCAACUGAUGAGGGUUAACCAUGCUACCGUCAUUGGUUGGGCCGUCUUCCUUGCUGGCAUCAACACUGCCUUUGCAUACAUUGGUCUCGAUCUCAACUUUCUGUUCUACCUAAUGGCUGUUUGCACUUCCGGCAGUGUUUUUCCAAUUGGUCUUCUCAUGUGCUGGACCCGACUAAACAAGGCAGGCGCAGUAUUAGGCGUCACCGGCGGUUUGGUCAUCGGGAUGGUGGCCUGGCUAGUCACAGCAGUUACUACUCAGGGCUCCAUAUCUACCACGACACUGACUGAUAGCAAAGUCAUUCUUUCCGGCUCACUGUCAGCCCUGGGCACCGGCGCUAUUGUAUCUAUUGGGUUGUCGCUCAUCAAGCCUGCCUCCUUCGACUUUGAACUUACGCGAGCUAUUGGUCGAGGCUCUACAGUACCCGUCGAUGCAUCAUCCGCAUCAACAGACAAGGAACCACGAAUCAAUCAAAGCGCUUCCAAUAACUUAGAGAAAGAUCCCACUACCUAUGAGCCUGCACUACACUCGGUACAUGGUGGUGGUUCAACACCUGAGUCGGAGGCUCAGUACGCCUUGGAGGUAGUCAAACUUGAGCAGUCACAAACCAAAUUCCGUAUAAUAACUGGUUUCUUACUGCUCAUCAUCCUUGUCCUCAUCCCGGCUCCGCUUGCUGGCACGGCUGUCGUCUAUCCAAAGGGUCUCUUUAUUCUGCAAUGCGUGGCAGCAGCGACUUUUGCAUUCGUCAGUCUUAUACUAAUAGUCUUUUGGCCUUUGGUCGAGUCACACAAGGAACUCGCCGCGAUAUUCAAUCGGAUUGCUCACAACAAGCGACUUGAUAAAGGAGUUGAGCAACCUCUAGAUCAUAGUCCAUGA